CGGCUGCCCGCCCGGCUCCCCGCCGCCUGCGGCUGAUGCUCGCUGCCCCCCAGCUGCCCCGAGCCCGCCCGUGUGGACCGUACAAAGCCCGCAGCCCGCGCCGCUGUCUGGGGACUGUCUUGCCCGGGAGGAGCCCGCGGCUACCAGGAAGGGACCAUGUACGUAGACCCGGAGGCUGCCGGCAAAGGAGUGCCCUCCCGCGAUGUCCUCCUGGUCUCAGCCAUCAUCACCGUCAGCCUUAGCGUCACCAUCGUCCUGUGCGGGAUCUGCCAGUGGUGCCAGCGCAAACUGGGUAAACGUUAUAAAAAUUCCCUGGAGACGGUGGGGACCCCGGAUUCCAGCCGAGGGCGCAGUGAAAAGAAAACCAUCAAUGAUCUAGACAGAGACUUUUGGAAUAACAAUGACAACACAGUGCAGCAGAAAUGGAGCUCCUACCCUCCCAAGGAGUUUAUACUAAACAUUUCACCUUACGCCCCAUACGGUGAUCCACGACUUUCCCUCAAUGGCUCUCUGCUGUCGGGCGCUAAGUUGGCCGCCUCUUCCGCUUCGGGGUUGGCGGGGGAGCGAGAAGGACGCCUGGGGGAGAAGCAGCAGCUACGAGAGGACGGCAUGAAGAGCAGCCUGUCUGCCCACAGCGAGCCCAGCAAUGGGAAGGCGGGGAGAGGCCGAUGGCACGCGGUGCAGAGCCACCUAGCAGCAGGGAAGCUCAGCCUAUCCAAUUUCGAGGACUCCACCAUGUCCACAGCCACUACCCUUGAGUAUAUCCCCACCUCAGCAGGAGACCCGAAAUGCCAGCGUCCCCGCACGCUGAUGCGCCAGCAGAGCCUCCAGCAGCCGCUUAGCCAGCACCAGAAAAGCAACCAUAGCCAGCCCACCACCAGCCAGAGCCUGGGGCACCUACAGUCUCACACCAGCACCUCUUCCAGCGGCGGCAACCCCCGGGGCCGGAGUGGCCAGUCACGGCAAGGGGUCUCGGCUGGCUCCAAGCACCGGACGGCUGGCGGCCGGAGCCGCUCCAACCCCGGGAGCUGGGACCACGUGGUGGGGCAGAUUCGCAACCGAGGCUUGGACGUGAAGUCCUUCCUGGAAGGCCGGAUGGUGGUGUUAUCCCUGGUUCUGGGACUCUCGGAACAGGACGACUUUGCCAAUAUACCCGAUCUGCAAACCGCUGGGAACCAGCAGGCGCAGAACUCUCAGGGGGACAAGAGGUUGCCGUCUGGAGGCAAGAUGGUGAACACAGCCCCUAUGCCCGGGCAGACCCAGCAUGAUGAGUCUGACCGCAAAACGGAGCCUCGCUCGUCUGUCUCGGACCUGGUGAACUCCCUGACCAGUGAGAUGCUAAUGCUCUCCCCAGGCUCUGAAGAUGAUGAGGGACAUGACAGCUCCAGCAGGGAGAACCUCGGCCGAAUCCAAUUCAGCGUCGGCUACAACUUCCAGGAAUCCACUCUGACUGUCAAGAUCAUGAAGGCUCAAGAGCUGCCAGCCAAGGACUUCAGCGGCACCAGUGACCCUUUCGUCAAGAUCUACCUGCUGCCUGAUAAAAAGAACAAGCUGGAGACCAAAGUGAAGAGGAAGAACUUGAACCCGCACUGGAACGAGACCUUCCUCUUCGAAGGUUUCCCAUACGAGAAGGUGGUGCAGCGGGUGCUGUAUCUCCAGGUUUUGGACUAUGACCGCUUCAGUCGCAAUGACCCCAUCGGAGAGGUGUCCAUUCCACUCAACAAGUUGGACCUGACCCAGAUGCAGACAUUCUGGAAGGAGCUGAAACCCUGCAGUGAUGGGAGCGGAAGUCGGGGAGAACUCCUCCUGUCCCUUUGCUACAACCCUUCUGGUAACUCCAUCGUUGUGAAUAUCAUCAAAGCACGGAAUCUGAAAGCCAUGGACAUCGGGGGGACGUCAGACCCUUACGUCAAGGUGUGGCUGAUGUACAAGGACAAGAGGGUGGAGAAGAAGAAGACGGUGGUAAUGAAACGGUGCCUGAACCCAGUCUUCAAUGAGUCCUUCAUCUUUGACAUCCCCACCGAGAAGCUGCGAGAGACAACCAUCAUCAUCACCGUCAUGGAUAAGGACAGGCUGAGCCGGAACGACGUCAUUGGCAAGAUUUACCUGUCCUGGAAGAGUGGCCCCGGCGAGGUGAAGCACUGGAAGGAUAUGAUCGCCCAUCCCCGGCAGGCCGUGGCACAGUGGCACCAGCUGAAGGCCUGAGCGGCAGCGGCUAAGAAUUCUGUCUGGCUUUCACCGCUCCGAGUCGACGUUUCUUGGCCAUGCUCUCACUACUUUAUGCACAACAGAGGCACCUGGGGAUCCCCCUAGGGGACGAGCUCGGGGCUGACAAGGAGCUGAGGGUCUGAAGUUGGCGACGUUUCCAAACUCUGGGAAGCAGCGUUGGCUGCCCGCUGUGUCCAUGGGGCGCCCGGCACCAACAGGAGCACCUUUAGUGCCCAACUUCCUGCUUUAACCUUUCCUCCUGACUUGUUACACCGAGAGAGAGACGCCAGCCUGCUAGGUGGGAAGGAGCCUCGGCACUGGUUUGUUUUGCCCUGGAGGGCGGGGAAGUGGUGUUGGCGCGACUGGCUCCAUGAGGUGGUGAGAGGAGGAGACGCCUCCGCCACACGAGACUUCCUUCGAGUUCUUCCAGCCCAAGGCCUGUUGGGAGUGCUCCCCCGAGGAAGCCAGCAUCUCCUAGGGGGCGCGUGGGCCUAGGAGAGGGGCCGGCAAGGGGGACGUGCCCUCGGUCUCCUUGAGGUCAUUUAUUUUUAAUUCAAUAAAACUUGUAAGAGUAAUAAGAAUAAUAUAAGUAAUAGCGGCUAGAAUCCUGUCCCAGCCAGGACUGGGGGAAGCCGCGCCACUCCAACAGCCUCCUGUGCGUUUGCUGUGUGUGUGUAUAAGCGUGUUGUAAGUGUCACAUGUUUGCGUGCGGGCUACUCACGUCUCGCUCGCUCUCUCUCUCUCUGCCCUGCCUGGGAGCAACCCCUGAUCCCACAGGACAGUGGUGGUUCCAGUGCGGGAUGUGUUUUUUUUUAAUUGGCUGGUGCAUGGGGUUUGAAGGAACUGAUGCCACAUGGGGAGUGGGGCCAGUCUCUGCUGCCAGUCCAUGCUGGAUAGGGAGGGAGGCAGAAGGAGCUGCCCACCAGGCAGGGUCUCCCCUCAUGACCUUUCUGUGGUAUAUGGGAUUGGAAGCCAUAACAGAUGGAUCGGUAGCCAAACUGGGCUCGGCUUUAGGGCUAAUGAGAGCUUGACUGUAGUCACCUCCCUCUGGCUGGUGAUUGCCUCGUCCUGCUUGAACUGAGAGAAUGUCCCAAACCAGCUCCCAAACACUGCCACGCUCUCAGGCAUAUGGACCCCGAAACAGCCCACCCUCCAGCACCCAUCCCCCAACCUCACCCGAGACACCCCACACCCUCACCAUACACAGCCCACCCCUCCAGCACCCAUCCCCCAACCUGACCUAAGCCUCAGAGGUGCUGUCUGUGAAGGUCUCCCACUUGCUAUCUGUCUCCUCCUAGCUGUGGGGCUGGAUAUGGCCCCCCCUUCUCCUCAAUCCAGUAGUGAUGCGGCCCCAUGAUGGGAUCUCCUGGGUGGUCUGAGGUAGCAGGCGGCUAUUUCAUGGUGGCCCAUUUGAGCCCAAGCUGGGUGCCUCACUGGGCCAUGUCGGCUGCAGUGGCUGACUGGGCCCCAGGGAUGCUCUUUUCCCCACCCCCGCAGUUCUGGGCAUUGCUGCUCAUUUCCUGGCAGCGCGACACUGGGGCAAAGGGUCUGCACCUCGCCCACGAAUGGGCACAAAAUAACUAAUGUCGCCCAGAAGCCCUUGAGAAGCCUGCUAGGUGGCCAAAAAAGCCAGAGCCCUGGGCGCUGGGGCAUGGGAAUGCUGCGGACACAUCCCACCCAUGCCUGCCACCCACCAUUCCCCGCAAGCAGGAGGCCAGACUGGCAUAGCUGUGAGCGCACCGGUGCUGCUGCUACACCACUGCCUACACCGUCCCCUGAGGGGAGCAGCUUGCAUUGGCCUAGCCAGGAGCACCCCAUGGCCAGCACUCCCCAUAUGGCCCUGCCUGCUGCCCAGCACAUGACUCAGCUCCAGGGCUCUGACCUGCCCCAGUCCCUCCCCUGCCCCUUUAAAGGGACUGAUCCUCUCCAUCCGUCGGGCCUGAGCCUGGGGGGCGGUCAUGCUGAAUUAAGCAUCUGCUUCACUCAGCCAGCAAGGGACCCUGCUAGAGAGCUAGCUGGAAACUGCCCAUCUGGUCUGCAAGCCAGGGCUGGUGCUGUGCCAAGGGACUAAGAGCCGCUGAACAGGCACUUACACUCAGGCAAGGGCAAGAAGCCCUCAUUUAAUUCCCGCAGACCUUUUAAUCGGCACUGGCACAGGGAGGGGAGCCCAAGCCAUGGGCCUGGAGAGAGCAAACCAUAGGCCCUGCACAGCUGCAAAGCCCCCACCAGGGGGCACUGUAAGGCCAUAGGCAGAGCGGUGCUGGGUCUCUGGCUCCGGCUGAGCACCCUUGGAGUUACUGCCCAGGGGGCUGGCCAGGGAGCCCCGCAGAGACUAGGCGCUUCCAGAGUUGCCCCUCCCCGAUCAGCGCAUGGGAUUGGUCCCUGAUUUCCCCGCUGGCAGAAACACAGCGCUCAGGCCCUGAACUAGACUCAAGGCAGGAGACUGGUAUGUGCCAGCCAGCUCUCUCAUAUCCCUGGGCCAGUACAUCUGCCCCCUUGCUAUGCAUGGCCCUCUGGGACCCUCUUUCCAUGGCACCAUGGCUGCUCCCCUGCUGAGGCCUGGGCUCCUUACCAUUGUUCUGCAGCCCCACGUCGCUGCCUCCUCCCACCCAGCCAUUCCUCUCACUGGGGCCUCAUACAAUGGUUCACCGUCUCCACACAGCCCCCUGCCCCCCAAAAAAAGUAUUCCCCCCCCCAAGCUCCUGUCAUCAGUUCACUAUUCCCAGCCCCCCUCUGCCUCCCCCCACACACACUUUGCUCUGCCCACCAAGGGUGUGGUGAGUGCUGAGGCAGCUGGGUGGUGGAAUGGGUGCUGAGGCCAUUGGGUGGGAGGGUGGCUGCUGGGUAGGGCGAGUGGGGUAGAUGCAAGGGUGGUGUGGAUGAUAGAUGGGAGGGUGGAGGUCCUUGGGCUGGGUGCCAAGACUGUUAGAUGGGGGUUAGGGGUUAAGGGGUGCAGACCUGAUAGAGGGAGAGGGUGUCAGGGAUGGGUACUGGGACUGAUAGGUGCCUGGGGAUUCUGGAGGGGCAGCUGGGUGGAUGAUUGAGUUAGGUACUGAGACUACUGGGUAGGCUGGUGCCUGGGGUGGCUACUGGGUGGGUGAAUGGCGUGAUAGGGUGGAUGCUGGGGUGUCUCGGUGCUAAGUGGAUGUUUAGGUAUCAGGGCGGGUACUAGGGCACCUAGGUGGGGGGAAUGUGAGGGGGGAGUCCAGGGGUGCAACCAGGUAUCAGGGGCGCUCCCCUAGACCAAGGGAGUUCUGCAUUUAGUGGUGUCCAGGCUGCCUUGCUGCAUUCUUGCCCGGCUGGGUGGUGGAGUCACUUGGCAUGUUGCCCUGGGUGACGACAGCAUCUGUUCAGUUUCCCUUGUGAUGUUCUAGAACCCUCAGCGCUGGGGUGGGGAGCAGGGAACACUGUGUCCAUUGUUGGGUGAGAUCAUUAACGCCUACCUACCCGGCCAGCUGCAUCUCAUUAGCGGUCCUCACUUGGUCUGUGCACACGCUGUCCUCGCUUGACAUUGUCCGUCUCACUGGUCUUGCUCUAAUCUACCCUUUUUUAGAUGAGAUCACUGAAGAGAUUGUGAGAGGAUACCUUCGGUGUCAUGGAGAGUCCACGGGUUGCCUUGAUUCCUUUCAGUUUGUGGCAUGGAUGCUGCACUAGCCUUGCUGCCUGAUGAGCUCCUAGUGAUGGACAAAGGUCAGGUAUUACCAUGUUCCUUGUAGAUCUGCCAGCAGCCUUUGGAGCUGAGGACCUUGAGGGCUGGUUGACACUAUUGAAGAGCAUAGCUAGGGCUGAUGAGAUGGCUCUUGCAUCGGUCUGCUCGAGGCAGGUGGUGUUGGGCAAUUGCUUUACUGACCCAAGGGCAUGUUCAUGUGUGGCACGUUGCAGUUCCAUUAGGUCCUAUUCAGUUUGUGUGUGAGGCCACCAGAGGCAGAGGAGACUGAGACAUUACAGGCCACAGCAGUGUCAUCGUUAUGUCAGUGGCAGGUGG